AUGAGAGGGCCUGUGUUAGGCGCCGUUAGCUCCUUGAACGCCGGUUAUGCAUAUUGCGGCUUAUAUGAAAGGGACGACGAGUACCGGCCAGUACAUGAGGUCGAGCCGACCGUCCGGCUGGGCCUCAGGGUCUUUGCGGUCGUCAACGCUAUCAUGCUGACUAUUGUUAACAUCAUCAUAAGCGAGAGCCUCCUCGGGAAGAUAGUAGCUCCGGCUGGGAUGAUAGUCAUGGUGGGGUUUGUAUUUGCAAUCACAACAGACGAUGCCGAACCUGGAAUCACCCAAACAGAGUCCAUGGUGUGAUUUUCAUCCGCGACAAGCCGGACCCUUUUCUUCUAGAUUGUUUUUACUACUAGACAUCAGAAUGUUCAUUUUUUUUGUUCGAAUUAUAGAUAAGAGCUUUGUUUGUCUCGUG